AUGCACUCGAAGCCUGUCGUAAUCCCGCCGCGUACGCCUACCCGGCCAGGCACUGCGAGCGCAACCCAGUCUGUCAAGGUCAGAGGCCACAACGCCGGCAGGCCACAGCGCGCGCACAAGAACCACAACCCCGAUGCGAUUCCUCCAGCCGUGGCUGCCCUCCUGGCCGUCACCGCGAUUCCCAAGAUGCCCCCGCGCCGCCGCAAGGGGUCCGCCAUGGAUAGGCGGAUAUCCAUGGACGAGCUCAUCCAGGAGUGGAAGCAAGACGACUCAGAGCUGCCCGCAUCAUUAGUCGGCUCGCCGCUGGAUUUGCUCCUGGGACGCGUGGACGAAUCGGAGGAGGAGUAUGGCAGCCUCGUGAGCGAGGAGCAAGAGAAGGAUUGCGCAGUGUCUGUGACAGACCGGUCAAUAUCGAGCGACUCUUUGUACACGACACCACCGUCGUUGGACACAAGCGCGCCGUCUUUUGCUUCACAUUGGGACGAGUUGAGCACACCAGAUCCCUAUCAGAGAUCAUUACCAGACCGCCGCGGGAAGGCCGUAUCAUCGCCACCAGCCGAGGAUUGCGUGUUGGACCACCCGUUACUACACUUUACACCCGACGACUGCGAUGAGAUUGCAAAGUUCGACAUCCCAGAUCCGGUCACCCCGUCUCCUGCCUCCUCUGAGAGGUUCAGGUCGUUCAAGUCCAACCUCACUGCUUCACUACAAGCUCUAAAGUCCGCGGCCAAAUCAUUCUCCAACUUCACAGCUCCAAGCAUUCCGCCAGACGACAUGCUUACGAGGUCAUUAUUAUCACCGAAAUUCACCAGCGAGAUGCGCCCCAAACACAUCCAAGGGUUGCCUUCACCAGAACUUCGCCGCUACUUGAACCCACCGCCCGCACCCGUUUCGCCGACCGAACUAUCGAUGCAGCUCUAUGACGCGCUCGCGAUGAACGUCGACGAAGACCCCUCCGCACCCAUGAUCCAGAUGCAGACCUACGAACGACGUAACCGCUCACGCGGCCGGAGAAAGGCCGCCGAAGCCCCGGAUGCCAGCCGAGCGCAAUCCGAACAUCCCACCGUUCGCCAGCGCGAACCCAGAGAAAACUGCGACUUCCUCCGCGUCAUCGUCCUCGAGAUGAACAUGCGACGCGUCGGCAAGCUCGACUCCAAGGCCGUGGGCAAAGCACGCAUCUGGCUCCCACCGAGGAAAAUUGGCGCUAGCAAGGCACCUUCCAUUCAGAGCCCCGCGAGCCGUGUGCCGGACAGAUGGGUGUCUGUUCUCGCCGACGAAGUGUAG